UUGCUCUGCUUGGCCUCGGAAGAUGCGGAGGCUGGAGCAGGCCGAAGUGCUCAGCGAUGGGUUAUUGGGUGAUAUCUCACUGAACUCUCAGGCUCUCUCACCGGUGUAGGAUGGGUGGUGCAGGGGCCUGAGAGAACCCCUGUGUGACCAACGUACAACAAUUCACUAAAUGCUUCCUUACUGUGAGCAGGGAAAUGUCAAUGGUCUCUGAGUGUUUGGCUUGAACAGAAAGGGGAAAUAUGCUUUUAAUAAAUAUGAAAAACUUUUCUGAACAGUCAGAAUUGAAAGCAAUCACAUGGUAACGUGUUACCGCGCGGAAAUACUGUUGCCGAGAACAGUAUAUACGUUUAAGAGCUCGGAAAUUCUUAGUUUAAUCACUGUUGUAGUUGUUCAGACCGAUGCUGCCGGCCGGUUCGGGAGAGAGCUGCAGCGCUACGCUCUCCUGCGCUGCCCUUUGCUUUGUGACCCGGCGCCUCCUGAACAAUGCGCGGGGGCACUUUCGAAACUUCAGGGCGUGCACCCAGCGCGGGCGGCAGCACCAGGAAACGGGCUACGGGCGCUGCUGCCUUAUGUAAGCGAACCGAACGCCGGCAGGGUGACCCCCGAGGGCGGCGGUGCCGCCUGCGAGGGCCCGGGCGCUGUCCGGGAGCGCGGGGCCCUCCCGCGGCCCUCAGGCCGGGCCGAGCUGCGCUGAGGCGCCCCGGCCAGGCCAGGCGCGCGCGCCCCACCCGCCAACGGUCUCUGCCCGCGCGCGCGCACGACACGUCACGCGCGGCUCCGAGCGGGCGGGGGCGGAGCCGCUCUCCCUGGGGGCGUCACGUGACCGCUGCCCCCCAAUCCACCCUCCCCGGCACGGCGGUCCCGUAGCGGCGGUGGCGGGGGGCGCGGGUGGAGGCGAACGGAGCUACCGCGGCUUCGGCGGGAGGCGGCGCAGGGGCCGGCGGAAUAUAUUGAUGACACUUUGAGAUUUGGAAAGACCAUGAUUAAUACAUUCAUUGAGGUGUGACUUCAGUUCUCUGCAGAAAGUGAACCUGCUUCAGUUUGGUUUGCCUCCCAUAUCACAGGAGUGACAUAGCUGUGAGCAUCUCUCUGGUAUCUGUUUGAAGAGGACACUGUUGGGGGGCCCAGGUAUUUCUUUUAUAUUUUAUAGUUAUAGAGGUGUCCGGACUCUGUAAUGGUCAAAGAUUUCCAGUAGAAGAGGAUGAGACAAGAAUUAAAUGCAUGUGGGAGACUCUGGACCUAGGCACUUCAUGCUUUUGAUGCUAGCUGGGAGGGAGCUUGAUAAACACUUAUUGCCACCUUUUCGUAGAAAAAACAGUGUUUCUGAUGAGUGUCCCACGGACUCUGUCAAGUUCUGGGGGUUCUCCUCUGGCACUGAGGAGCAGAACCCUGAGCAGCAGCCUGGCAUCAGUGGAAACCUUUCUCUGUCCUUCUCCUUAAAAGAGCAGCUCAAGAUGAGUGACUAUUCUGGACUUCCAAGUGACCACAGCCAGAUGAUUGCUGAAGAUUCAGAAAUUCAAGCAAAGCCUGAACACUCUCAUGAAGUUCUUCAGGAAGAUAUUGAAAUGAGCAGUGGCUCCAGUGGAAAUGAUUCCAGUGGAAAUGACUCCAGUGGGAAUGACACAAAUGAAAACUAUUCAAGUGGGCAUGAUUCUCAUGGUCAUGAAUCUGAUGAAAAUGGGAAGGAUUCAGCAAUGCUCAUGGAAUCUUCAGAUUGUCAUAAAAGUUCAAGCUCAAAUGCGUUUAGUCUGAUGAUUGCAAACUCUGAACACAAUCAGUCCAGCAGUGGAUGCAGUAGUGAGCAGUCCACUAAAGCCAAAACACAAAAGGAAUUGCUGAAAACACUGCAGGAGCUGAAAGCUCACCUUCCUUCUGAGAAGAGAGUCAAAGGAAAAUCCAGUGUCCUAACAACAUUGAAAUAUGCCCUUAAAAGCAUUAAACAAGUUAAAGCCAAUGAGGAAUAUUACCAGUUGUUGAUGAUUAAUGAAUCCCAACCUGCUGGUCUCAAUGUAUCAUCUUACACAGUGGAAGAAGUGGAGACUAUAACCUCAGAAUACAUCGUGAAAAAUGCGGAUAUGUUUGCUGUAGCUGUUUCUUUGAUAACUGGGAAAAUUUUAUACAUCUCUGAUCAAGCUGCUUCUAUUCUCCGCUGCAAGAGGGGCUAUUUUAAAAAUGCCAAAUUUGUGGAGUUCUUGGCACCUCAGGAUGUCAGUGUGUUUUAUACUUCUACCACCCCAUACAGAUUACCAUCAUGGAACAUUUGCAAUAGAGCUGAGUCUUCCACCCAGGAUUGCAUGGAAGAGAAAUCUUUUUUCUGUCGCAUCAGUGCGGGAAAGGAGCGUGAAAAUGAGAUUUGCUAUCACCCAUUCCGGAUGACUCCCUACCUUAUCAAAGUGCAAGAUCCAGAAAUAGCAGAAGACCAGCUUUGCUGUGUGCUGCUUGCAGAAAAAGUCCAUUCUGGUUAUGAAGCGCCCAGAAUUCCUCCUGACAAAAGGAUUUUUACAACUACGCACACACCGACCUGUUUGUUUCAGGAUGUAGAUGAAAGAGCAGUCCCUCUGUUGGGAUACCUACCUCAGGAUUUAAUAGGAACACCAGUCUUGGUGCAUCUUCACCCAAACGACAGACCCUUAAUGCUAGCAAUUCACAAAAAAAUUCUUCAGUAUGGAGGGCAGCCUUUUGACUAUUCACCAAUCAGGUUUUGCACUAGGAAUGGAGAUUAUAUCACCAUGGACACCAGCUGGUCCAGUUUCAUCAACCCCUGGAGUCGAAAAGUUUCUUUUAUUAUUGGGAGACACAAAGUUAGGACGGGUCCCUUAAAUGAAGAUGUCUUUGCUGCUCCCAACUACACAGAGGACAGGAUCCUGCACCCCAGUGUUCAGGAGAUCACGGAGCAGAUCUACCGGCUCCUACUGCAGCCUGUACACAACAGUGGAUCCAGUGGCUAUGGAAGUCUGGGUAGCAAUGGUUCACAUGAGCACCUGAUGAGUGUGGCAUCCUCCAGUGACAGCACAGGAAAUAAUAAUGAAGACACUCAUAAGGAUAAACCAGAGGUUUGUCAAUAUGCCCGUAAGGUCAAGAAUAAAGGACAGCAUAUUUUCACUGACAGUAAAGCAAAACUGGACUACAAGAAAGAGUCUUUGGCAGAAAAACAGAAUACUGCUGGUGCUCAGGUGAAAGGUGUAGGGGGAAAGGAUACUGCAGGAACAGUUGCUCCAAAAAAUGUGGCUACUGAAGAGCUGGCUUGGAAAGAACAACCUGUGUAUUCCUAUCAGCAGAUCAGCUGUUUGGACAGUGUCAUCAGGUACUUGGAGAGUUGUAAUGUGCCUGGUACAGCAAAAAGAAAAUGUGAGCCUUCAACAAGUGUUGCAUCACUGAGUUCUGGAGUUCAUGAACAAAAAGCAGCUGAUAAUUCUAUCCAGCCAUUGGGAGAUCCUGCUGUGUUGAAGGCAUCUGGUAAAUCAAGUGGUCCCCCAGUGGUUGGUGCUCACUUAACAUCUUUGGCUUUACCUGGCAAGCCUGAAAGUGUUGUGUCUCUCACCAGUCAGUGCAGCUACAGUAGCACCAUUGUUCACGUUGGAGACAAAAAAACACAACCUGAAUUAGAAAUGAUAGAAGAUGGUCCAAGUGGAGCAGAAGUCAUAGAUGGCCAACUUCUUGCCCCUCCAUCCAGUUCUGCACACAUAAAUCAAGAGAAGGAGCCAUUUAAAAAACUGGGACUUACAAAGGAGGUGCUUGCAGUGCAUACACAAAAAGAGGAGCAGAGCUUCUUGAACAAAUUCAAAGAAAUAAAGAGAUUUAAUAUUUUUCAAUCGCACUGUAAUUACUACUUACAAGAUAAACCAAAAGGACGGCCUGCUGAACGUGGUGGCCGUGGACAAAGAAACGCCACUUCUGGAGCGGAUCAGCCUUGGAAGAAAAGCGGAAAGAACAGGAAAUCGAAACGCAUUAAACCGCAGGAAUCUUCGGACAGCACAACUUCUGGAGCUAAAUUCCCCCACCGCUUCCCCCUCCAGGGUUUAAAUGCCACAGCCUGGUCACCAUCAGAGACGUCCCAAGCCAGCUACUCAGCAGUGUCCUUCCCCACUGUCAUGCCCGCCUAUUCUCUUCCCGUUUUCCCAGCAGCAGGGGCGGUGCCACCGGCUCCCGAGACUUCUCUCUCUGGCUUCAGUCACUUGCCAGACUCUGCAAACGCUUGUCCUGUGGGGCCAUCCCAGUUCUCUGCACCCUUCAUGACCCCCGUGGUGGCUCUUGUGCUGCCCAACUACAUGUACCCGGAGAUGAACAAUAACUUACCUCAAACGCUUUACCCCGGCCAGCCCAACUUCCCUGCCCAUCCCACCUUCUCCUCACAGACGAUGUUCCCCCCACAGCCCCCCUUUGCCACGGCCAGCCCCUUCCCACAGCAGGCGUUUUUCCCGGCGCAGCCAUUCCAGUACAACGGCCCAGCAGAGACUGAGAGGGCUCCGGUGGCCGAGCCCCGCAACGACCCCUCCCGUUCCUGCACUCCGCAGUCACCGGCUCCUCAGGACCAGGCUUCCCCACCGCUGUUCCAGUCCAGGUGCAGCUCUCCUCUCAACCUCCUGCAGCUGGAAGAAACCACAAAAACUGCGGAGAGCGGAGCAGCUGCGGGCUUACACGGAGCUCUGGCUGAGGAGGGAGCCAUGGGCAACAUCAGCGCAGCAGACAACGGCAGCGGCAAGGAAUCCUUACCUGCUGAAUCUCCAAUGGAUGCUCAAAACAGCGAUGAGCUCUCCAUGUCCAGUGUCCUGCUUGACAUUUUACUGCAGGAGGAUGCGUGUUCAGGCACUGGCUCAGCCUCUUCAGGGAGUGGUGUGUCUGCAGCUGCUGAGUCCCUGGGCUCUGGGUCCAAUGGCUGUGGCAUGUCAGGGAGCAGAACAGGUAGCAGUGAAACUAGUCACACCAGCAAAUACUUUGGCAGCAUUGAUUCCUCAGAGAAUCACCAUAAAACCAAAAUGAAGACAGAAAUGGAGGAAAGCGAGCACUUCAUCAAGUAUGUGCUGCAGGAUCCCAUCUGGCUGCUGAUGGCCAACACGGAUGACACAGUGAUGAUGACUUACCAGAUCCCCUCCCGGGAUUUGGAAACAGUUUUAAAGGAAGAUAAGCAGAAAUUAAAGCAAAUGCAGAAACUACAGCCAAAAUUUACAGAAGAACAAAAAAGAGAGCUUAUUGAAGUUCAUCCAUGGAUUCAGCAAGGUGGACUGCCAAAAACUGUUGCUAAUUCUGAAUGUAUUUUUUGUGAGGACAAUAUACAGAGCAAUUUUUAUACAUCAUAUGAUGAAGAAAUCCAUGAAAUGGACCUUAAUGAAAUGAUUGAAGAUAGUGGAGAAAACAACUUGGUUUCCCUGAAUCAAGUCAAUGAAGAACAAACGUAGCCUUUGAGCCUGUUGUUUUGAAAAUUGCUUCAAAACGAUAGUGAAGGAUCCACAAAGGUUUUCAUCUUUUAUCCAGCUGGAUGAAUGCAGUUCAUAAAAGCAAAUGUGUUUUUCUUGCUCUAGAAGAGUCAUUUGUGAAUGAAUCUCUUUUUAAAUGGUGGCAAUCUCUUCCCAGUAAGGACAUUGUUGAAGAUGGUAUAGCUUUUCUUUAAAAGACUCAUUUUGCACUUACAUGCCUCAAGUAUUUCUUUAUAAACUAUAGAAACUUUCAUUGAUGCCUACUGUUUUUGUAGAGUGGGUUAAGAAGUGCUGAAAAUCUCACAUACAUACGGUUCUUCAAAUCUCCUUUUGGUGGUGGUGGUGGUUCAGCAUCAUAAAUUGUUGAGCAAUUCUGUUAGUGGCUCUUUAGCAUUGUUCUUAAUAUUUGAAGUGGUCCAGCAUAGUAGAAGAAAUAACCUUCAAGGAAAUCAAUUCAGACUUGCCCUUCUCAUACCAGUUGAUCCCAUCCUCUUUGUUUGUCUCCUCUAGUCUUGAAUGUAGGAGCUUCUCUUGUCUAAGAGGAACGUUGAGCUGAUUUUAUAAGAUGGUCUGGUAUUAAAGCUCAUGUUGAUGUGUAAGUACAGAGGACUGCAGACAACUUUGUAGCCUUUUAUGUAAAUGGACACUGCAAAACUAUGAACUGUUCAUUACCUUGAAGCAUAAUUUCUGAGAAAUUUUUACUCAAGAAAUCCUUAUGCUUAAAGAUUUUAAAAACUUAAGACCACAGAGGAUGACUGGCCACGCUCCAGUGGCUGUUAGACAGACCUUGGGGUAACUUUAACCUUUAUUGCUGACGUGUUCUGCCACGAGGUUGGCCAUCAGUUUUUCCAAUGUGGCUAAACAAACAUCAAAUUUGUAUGUGGCAAGAGAGAAUUAGAUGUGUCUUGUCAUUUGAAGAUAGUUCUUAUAAAAAAGAAAUUAUUUUGAGAAUAGUGUUGACUCACUCUACUUGAUUUACAUAAUGUCAAAUUUAGCGUGGCUGGAAUCCUUUGCUGUGGAAGAUUUCAUUUUAAUGCCUCUGCGAUUGUAUUGACUGGAAUGUGUGUACUUUAUGUUCCUGUGCUGUUUAUGUCUGUUGGAUGUGGGAAGAGAACGGGAGAGAACAACUGUUGAUGUGUUGGGUAGUUAAAGGGCUCAUUCAGUCCUUUAAAGCAGUUUAGUUGCUGCAUUGCCCGGUGUCAGCUGUUAAUCUUGGUGUGAAAAGUGACGAAAGUUAAUUGAAUUUAACUUCGAUAUGUUUGUCUUAAAAUAUUUUUCAUGGGAAGCAUUUCCUUUUUUAGUAGGAUAACAUUUCUAUUCCCUGAAAUUUAAGGUUAUUUUCAUUCUAUACAAAUAUUUAUCUUUUUAUACAGAGAGGAUGUGAAGUUAGAUCUAGCACCAAAAACAUGGAAAAGUGACUGGUAUUCGCUUAGCAGAAGAAAUAAUUUGUUUCAAGUAACUAGUUAUCAAUUGGAAAAUUUGCACUGGAGACAGGUUCUGCAGGUAGCAAAGUGUGUCAGCUUGUGAAACAAGCAGAAUCACAAUCUUAAAGAAUGAAUAAGUAUUUUAAAUGAAGCACUACCCAGCAAGACCUGAUGCCUGUCUUUAACAGUUCAGCAAGGUCAAACGUAAAUAUUUGUAAAUACAAAGUGAAUGAGAAAUUUUCCAGUGUUGGUGUUCACGUCCGAUGUAUUAAAUGUUUGAAUCAUAAAUGGAACAGUGCAGCUAUACCAACAUACUAAAUAUAUUUCAUUUUUACAUGAAAACACAAACAUGGACCAGCGUUUGGGAAAAAUAAAAGCUUUAUAUAAAAGGAGUGCAUCAUCAUUAUACAAAUAAUUUUCGAAGACUUCUCAACCACUUUGAACUUCUUUGCUUUAGCAUGCUUUUUUUUUUUUUUUUCCCAUGUCUCUUUUUAUUUCUCCUCAUUUCUUUUAUUAUUUUUUUUUCAAUGACCAUCUUGUAACCAUAACUUAGUGAAAGGAAGAGAAAAGUAUAUUUAGAGCAUUUUGUGGAUGUGCUUACUUAUGGACUUAAUCUUGCAUCCUUAAAGUGUUUGCAUUUACAGGGUGGUAUUAAAAUAUUUUCCUGUAACUUUAAAUCUACAUGCCUCCAUUUAUAGAUAAGAUUCUGAAGCUGUAAUUUUUCCAAACUGUUGUAAGAUGAUUUAUUUGUGAUGACACUUUGUCAACAUGUCAACAAUGUUUUCUGUACACUGUGCAAUAUAUUUUGGUUUUGCCACUUGUGACUAAUUUUUAUGACUUUGCUUUUUAGAAAACUGGUAAAUAAAACAGAUAUAUUUUUA